AUGGCAUCAACUGCGAAGGUGAUCUUGGCGAUCGCCCUGACUAUGGCUUUGAGCGUUGCCAUCACCAUGCGAACCCUCGUCGAAGAAACGGAGGAGAAUCCGCCGUUCAAGAGCAUGGACCCCACGACAACGCCCGAUGCGUCGGCCGAGAUCGCCCUGCCUUCUAAGAGAUUGAGCCGCUUCCUCGCAGAUGACAAAAACCCUAGAGCCGCGGACCACUGCAAUAAGGACGGCGAGAUUUGCCAUGCUCUGGGCGAAAACUACACUUGCUGCAACAACAAAUGCGUCGACCUGUCCAACGAAAAGAACAACUGCGGCAAAUGCAAGAACAGGUGCAAAUACACGUACUCGUGUUGCAGCGGACAGUGCGUGGACUUGACUUACGACAAGAGGAACUGCGGAAGCUGUGGCAACCGGUGCCCUAGAGGUGUCUAUUGUUUCUAUGCGAUGUGCAAUUACAAUGGUUAG